CAGAUGAGGACGAAGCGAAGGAGACUGUCGUAAAGUGGGAUGUUUUGGAGUGGGGAGGUCAUUGGAAAGUGAGGUUGUUCGGUACGUUUUGGGGGGAACAGACCGCCACCUCUAGCACAGGUGUCAGAUAUUCUGAUACCAGAGUGGCCUUACUCAAAUCCAGCGUAGUUUUACAGGGUCAUCACGGUCAAAAUGUUGCGUUUAGCGCUGCGAGUGCGUCCAUCAUCCAGGCUCACCCGGCUCAGUGUCCUGUCGGGCCCUGCUGCUGCUAGUCCACGAUCCGGACCGCUAUCAUGCCAUCAUCUCAAGCGAUACCACUCCAGCGGCCCGGCCCGGACCCGGAUCUUGUGUCACGGUCGGUGUGUGUUCAACAGCAUCCUCAGUAACAGAUCAUGGGUCUUGCGAAGCCAGACGGCUAGUUUCAGUCAAAGCAUGCGAAUGUACAGUCUGCCACCACAUCAGAAGGUGGAACUACCCGCUUUGUCCCCCACUAUGCAGAUGGGCACUAUUGCACGCUGGGAGAAGAAAGAAGGAGACAAAAUCAAUGAGGGAGAUUUGAUCGCUGAGGUUGAAACAGACAAGGCUACGGUUGGAUUUGAAAUGCUGGAGGAGUGCUACCUUGCCAAGAUCUUGGUCCCUCAGGGUACAAGAGAUGUGGCCAUUGGAGCUGUCAUUUGCAUUACAGUUGACAAUCCUGACCUCAUCCCUGCAUUUAAAGACCUUACAUUGGAUAAAAUCGCUAGUUCCUCCCCUGCACCUGCAGCUGCCCCUCCCCCUCCAGCAGCGCCUGCUGCUGCUCCUGCUUCGCCACAAGUUCCUGGAAGCUCCUUCCCACCUCACAUGAAGAUUCUUCUCCCAGCUCUCUCCCCCACCAUGACUAUGGGCACCGUGCAGCGCUGGGAGAAGAAGGUGGGUGAGAAACUCGGUGAGGGAGACCUGCUGGCUGAAAUCGAGACGGAUAAGGCAACAAUCGGUUUUGAGGUACAGGAGGAGGGUUACCUGGCUAAGAUAUUGAUUGCUGAGGGCACCAGGGACGUUCCUCUUGGCACUCCUCUCUGUAUCAUUGUGGAAAAGGAAUCCGACAUUAGCACGUUCGCUGACUAUGUAGAGACAGGGGUGGCUACAAGCCCACCUCCCGCUCCCACACCGGUAGCCACCCCACCGCCAGCACCAGCUCCAGCAGCUCCCACCCCAGCACCUGCCGCUGCUCCUAGGAAGGGUAGGGUGUUUGCCAGUCCUCUAGCCAAGAAACUGGCUGCCGAGAAGGGAAUUGACAUCGCCCAAGUCACAGGAACUGGACCAGACGGCAGACUCACCAGGAAAGAUAUCGACAGUUUCGUUCCACCUAAGCCCACUCCUACACCAGCUGCUGCUCCUACCCCUGCUGCACCCACACCCAGCCCUCCAGCCGCCCCUGCUUUUGCUGCUGUACCUACAGGAACCUUCACUGACAUCCCCAUCAGCAACAUCCGCAGAGUGAUUGCCCAGAGGUUGAUGCAGUCGAAGCAGACUAUUCCUCACUAUUAUUUGUCUAUCGAUGUCAACAUGGACCAGGUUCUUGAACUCAGGAAAGAACUCAAUGCUGAGGUGAAAGCGGAUAACCUCAAACUCUCGGUCAAUGACUUCAUCAUCAAGGCCUCGGCUCUGGCCUGUUUAAAGGUGCCAGAGGCCAACUCCUCCUGGAUGGACACAGUCAUCAGACAAAAUCACGUGGUGGAUGUUAGUGUCGCAGUCAGUACGCCUGUGGGUCUAAUCACUCCCAUUGUAUUUAAUGCUCAUAUUAAGGGUCUUGCGACUAUCAGCAAGGACGUAGCCACAUUAGCUACUAAAGCACGAGAGGGAAAACUACAACCGCACGAAUUCCAGGGUGGCACCUUCACUAUUUCCAAUCUGGGCAUGUAUGGCAUCAAGCAUUUUUCAGCUAUCAUUAACCCUCCUCAAGCCUGCAUUCUGGCUGUGGGUGGCUCAGAAAAGAGACUGCUGCCUGCAGACAACGAAAAAGGGUUUGAUGUGGCAAGCAUGAUGUCUGUGACUCUGAGCUGUGAUCACCGGGUGGUAGAUGGCGCUGUUGGUGCACAGUGGCUGGCCGAGUUCCGCAAGUUCCUGGAUAAACCGUUCACCAUGCUCCUGUGAGCAGGACGUUUAAAGGCUCCUGGCCCAAAAAAAAAAAAAA